AUGCUUUCAAUCGCCAUGAUCGAUCGGGAUGAGAGCCUGAUGGCGAUGGGCCCGCAGACCUCUCUCUACUUGUCUGUUCAAGAACCCUCCAUCACGAUCCAGCUAGUGCAGAGCCCCGACGCUAAGUGGGACGUCACGAUUUCGAAUCCGGCAAGUUUGAGGAGAUGCCCAAACGAUGAUUGUGCCUUCAAUGAUAUGAUCCGCCGUGGCAUCGAAGAAACAAUUGACUAUAUCUACGCAUUGGAGCCUCCGACAGACAAGUAUCCCGAAGACUGGGCAAAGGCCACGUUCGAGUUCUUUGCCAUCGGCGACGGCGGGUACGGGAUCAAGCUUACCGGCUUUGCCAUGAUGCAAACGCCGAUCAUCACCGAUGUCAACCCUGCGGAAGACGCAAACUCAACAAUGUUUGCUCUCGAAGAGGACUCGGCGGAGCCGGGCGCGACCGAAGCCCAGCCGAGACUGGCGAUCGAAGAUAUCCCUACGCGUGCGACCGAAGCGGGGCAGGAUCUAGCACUCCGUGAUAUCCCUCCGCUUGACCGAAGCGGGGCAGGAUCUGGCUCUCGAUAA